CCCCACAGCCGCAUUGUUGUGGGGGAAGAGAGGCGAAUUAGCCUACUAGCAUAGCGCGAAUACGGCCAGCCUAAUAACGACUGAAAAACAGGCGGGUUAGUAUGCUCGAGCAGCUGUUAUCGUGAGCGAGUACGCCCGGCUUUUAAAUGCUUAUUUCUGAAUCCGAGAGGCCGUUACGGAUACCGAGUAUUACCUUUCGCAAACAAGAGAUAAGCAGCUGGUGGACGCUAGCGCCAGUAACGCGGCUCGUGCACGGAUUAAACCCACUGCUGUUCAGUAGGCCAAACCGCUGCUGCUUUUAGCUCGGCCUCAUUGCCUUCGAAGCUUCAUUUAACGUCGACGGCAAAGUUCCUCUGAGGCAUUCAAAAUGAGGAAGAAGGCUCGGCAAAAUCGUGUGUCCACCUCGCAGAGGCCUCCCUCCCCCAUCAAACCCUCGCGGAACCGCGAGACCUUGACUUACGCCCAGGCUCAGCGCAUGGUGGAGCUGGAGAUAGACGGGCGUGUUCACAGGCUCAGCAUUUAUGACAAACUGGAUGUUAUCGACAGCGAUGACCCUUUAGCUCAGGAGAUCAGUGAGUGCACCAGCAACAAGGAGAACACCGAAAAGCCGCAGCAGGUUCUCGUGCGUUCGGUGCGCUUGAAAAAUAACCAGCAGAAGAAAAGCGCCACGCUGACGGCUGUACAGGGUCCACAAGCUCAGGGCAGGCUACCGGAGCCAAAGAUCCGAACGGUUGAGUACAACCUUCCAGCUGUGCCGCGGAGGCCGUCGUCGUACUACACCUAUGUGGAGAAGACGUCGGAUGAGCUCGACGAGGAGGUCGAAUACGACAUGGAUGAGGAAGACUACGCGUGGCUCGAGCUAAUCAAUGAGAAGAGGAAGAGCGACGGUCACAGCCAGGUAUCUCAGAACCUUUUCGAGUUCCUAAUGGACCGCUUUGAGAAGGAGUCUUUCUUUGAGAGCCAGGGCCAGGGUGAACCCCAGUCGCUUAUUGACGAAGAUGCUGUGUGCUGCAUCUGCAUGGACGGCGAGUGCCAGAACAGUAACGCUAUCCUGUUCUGUGACAUUUGCAACCUUGCAGUGCAUCAGGAAUGUUACGGAGUCCCCCACAUACCGGAGGGUCGAUGGCUUUGCCGCCACUGUCUAAAUUCCCCCUCCCAACAGGCAGAGUGUAUAUUCUGCCCCAACAAAGGUGGUGCCCUCAAGAGGACAGACGACGAUCGGUGGGGGCACGUCGUGUGCGCCAUAUGGGUCCCCGAAGUCGGUUUUACCAAUACGGUUUUCAUCGAGCCCAUCGACGGUGUGGCGAACAUUCCGCCCGCACGCUGGAAGCUCACCUGUUACCUGUGCAAGAAAAAGGGAGUGGGUGCUUGCAUUCAGUGCAGCAAGGCAAACUGUUACACCGCUUUCCAUGUUAGCUGUGCUCAGAAAGCCGGCCUGUACAUGAAGAUGGAGCCUGUCAAAGAGGUCACUGAAUCAGGAGCCACUUCAUUCUCUGUGAAGAAAAUCGCGUACUGUUGCCCGCAUACCCCUAGCAGUUGUGUAAGGAGACCUCUCACUAUAUACGAUGAGUCCAAGCCCAAGAACGGUUUGUGUCAGAAGGGUGCUCAAAGGGGAGAGAGGGAAAGAGCAAAGGGAUUCCAGAAAAGGAAGAACAAAAAGCCGGAAUCAGAGCCUGUUGCCGUGGUACCCACGGUUUCUGGCCCUAGUAUUACACCUAAAAGUUUCAACACAAUCCUCAAUCAAGUUUCAGUCCAGAAGAAGAAGGUCUUUGUGGAACGUGUUCUCAGUUACUGGAUGCUCAAGAGGCAGUCGAGGAACGGUGUUCCUCUAAUAAGGCGUCUCCAGACUACCGUGCAGAGUCAAGAAGAACCAGAACAGGUGCAGAGGAAAGAGGACCGUAAAGCUUUAGCCGAGCAGUUAAAGGACUGGCACCGUUUACGGCACGAUCUGGAGCGCGCUCGCUUACUGUUGGAGCUCAUUCGCAAGAGAGAGAAACUCAAGAGAGAGGAGAUGAGGUUACAGCAGUCGGUUCUGGAAAUGCAGCUUACUCCGUUUCCUGUCAUGCUGCGUGCAGUGCUGGAUCAGCUUCAGGAAAAAGACCAGACCAAAAUAUUUGCCCAGCCUGUCAGUGUUAAAGAGGUUCCUGACUAUCUAGAUCACAUCAAGCAACCAAUGGACUUCUCCACCAUGAGGAAACGCAUUGACGCCCAUGAAUACAAGAACCUGGAGGAGUUUGAGGAUGACUUCAACUUGAUUAUCAACAACUGCAUGAAAUACAACGCCAAGGACACUUUCUUCUACCGCGCUGCCAUACGCAUGCGAGAUCAUGGCGGAGUGAUCCUCAGGAGGACACGGCGAGACAUUGAGCGGAUCGGCUAUGACGCCUCCAGCGGAAUGCACCUCGCUGAACCUCCGAAGAUAGAGCCACCUCCAACAGUGUCCUGGGAAGAGGUUGACCGACUGUUAAACCCAGUAAAUCGGGAGCACAUGUCUAAGGAGGAACAGUUGAAUAAGCUGUUGGACACACAGGAUCUAGUCACUGCCAUGAAGUCGUGCCCUUCCAGAAGCAAACGGCUUAAGCUGCUCAAAAAGAUCAUCAGUGAUGUGCGGAUGGAGAUGGGUCAAAAGAUAGAGCCCCCUUCAUUGGAACAGGACAAUACCAAGGAAGAAGAGGACAUGAUCCUUACCGUACAACAGGCCACAGAGGAAGAAGUUGACAAGUCAUUACCUCCAAAACUUGAACCGUCAGACUCCAUGCCACUUUUGGCAAACUCAGAGAGUCCCUCUGAACCUCCUACACUGAAACCUGUGGAGCCCAGCCCUGAAAAGUGCCCUAAAAAGGUCAAAUUCGACAGCGAGAUGCUCUCUACCUCACUUCUAAACGGACUCUCCCCUGACGUUCUGCCCUCUGAUAAUAACGUUAUGGUUGCUACCUCCACCCUCACCGAACCAGCAAACAUCGUCAGCCGACGAACAGCUGUGCUGUUCCGAAAGUCGAAGAUCGCGAGCCCUCAGAAGUCAUCAAACACGAGCGAAUCCUCAGUCGACUGUCCUCAGCUAGGCACCAAGACUUUCCUCUCAGUCGUCCUCCCUCGCCUCGAGACCCUGCUUCAGCACAGGAAGAGAACGCACAGCGCUAGUGGAGACUGUCAGGAGGAGGAUGAGCACGAGUGUCCAAUCAAACGCUUGGAUACUGGUUUGACCAAUGGCUUUUCAGAGCCUAAGAAAGGUUUAACUGCAGGUCGACCAUCGGAGCCUCGUCGCCGCUGUGCUUCAGAAUCCAGCAUCUCUUCAAGUGGAAGUGGGAGCAUCCAGGAGACCACAAGUGAUGUCACUCACCCAAAGAGUGGAAAAGGAAAGCCGGCGAUGACGAGACGAAACACGACGGAUGAUAAAAAAGAUCUGGUCAAUGGCAUGGAAACGGGGAACAUUCCCAAAGCCAACAAGAUGGCAGCAGAGAUUGAGAGCAGCAAUAUUUGGAUGCCUGCUAACACUACACCACUAAAUCUGGAGCCCCUUAAACUAGUUUGGGCCAAACUUAGUGGAUAUCCUUCCUAUCCUGCCUUGAUCAUAGAUCCUCAGAUGCCCAGGUCGGGUUGCCAUCUCAACGACGAGUUCAUUCCCACCCCUCCGCGGGACGUUCUCAGGGUCGGAGAGCUGAUGCAGUACAGGUCCAAGGAGAAACUCUUCCUCGUCCGCUUCUUCGACAGCAGACGCAACUGGCAAUGGCUUCCUAAAUCCAAGAUGGUACCAUUCGGUAUUGACAAGACGUUAGACAAAAGUAAAAUGUUGGAAGGCAGAACGCCAAGUAUUCGCAGAGCUGUGCAAAGCGCCUUCAACCGUGCCAUGAACCACUUGAGCCUCAUCCAGGACUUAGGCACCGGAGAUUGACCCCCCCACACUCAAGGGUCACGUUUUAAGGGUCCCGUCAAGCCCCACGUUUACUCGACGCUACGCUUGCAUAUCAGACCGGCCGGGUUUACCGAGGCCCCACCCCAUCUCCCUAUCUGUUAGGAUUAACAGACGAAUGUGAGAGCACCUAGACUCUCCUAAAAUGUGCUGCAAGACUGCUGUGAACUCGCACACUGCCAUCUACUUUCCUUUACACUUCCGACUCCAUCCUCGUAACGCCUCGUGUUUAGCUCUGGCUGUAAAUAACGUCAUCCUAAAUUAUCCAACACUAAUUUAUUGUUAUUGUUUGGUUUGUACCGCACACGACCUCCUGGAAGAUUUCUACUCCAAGGUAAUUUCUCAAGCGCACUGAGGUGCGAACCCAUCUGGUGCUACAUCACGUGCAAAGCCUCGACUUUUCCGUACUAGAGACUUGGAAGGGGGCUGUCGCACUUACUGUAUCAAACUUUUGUUGUUUUUUUGCUUUUUUUUAACGGUUAAGUUAUUAUUUGUCAAUGCAAGCUUCUCCUCCUUGGCAUUAACAUGUUAUCUACUUUUUUAUAUAAAAAUAUUCUUAUGGGACACAACUAAGUGAUGUUUGUAAAUAUUUAUAUAAAGCUAUGAAAUUAUAUACAUGUAAUACUUUAGAGCGGUAAGACGAAAACAAAUCGGAGAAGAGAAAAACAACAGUAGCGAUGAAUGCCGAAAGUGCAUCAGUCAUGCAAAACCAAAAAAAUUUUGCUGCCCAGUUUAUUUUUCACGUGUAUUGUUUUUGGAAUGUUUAUCCCUGCCUGGGUUUCAUAUUAGUUGUGUGAAUGUUUGUUUCAAACAGAUAAAAUAAAAACCCUCGAGUCGU